AUGUCUGCAACUACGAUAUCUAUGAUCCACCGCGAAGAUGAACAAUCAUACAAUGAACUUGACCACUUCAUGCUUUUCUUGAUGGGUGCAUAUCGGAAGAGGAAGCAAAAGCAGCGAAAAAGACAUCGAGGUUCAGUUUUUGGACACAAGGUUUACAAUCGAAGUAGAGAUGAACACGGUAUGAAAUUGUACCGUGACUACUUUUGUGAGAACCCAACAUAUCCUGAGAAGAUGUUCCGGCGCCGUUUUCGUAUGAGUUCAUCUCUUUUCAAACGGAUAGCUAAAGCCGUUGAACAACAUGAUAACUAUUUUGUUCAGAAAAGAAAUGGUGCUGGUCUUCUUGGAUUUUCCUGUGUACAGAAGGUCACUGCAGCUUAUAGACAGUUAGCUUAUGGUGUUCCAGCUGAUUAUGUUGAUGAGUAUUUGCGGAUUGGUGAAAGCACCGCUAUUGAGAGCCUACGGAAAUUUGUGAGAGCAAUUUGCGAGGUGUUUGGCGAAGAAUACCUUAGAGCUCCAAAUGAAGAUGAUACAACUAGAUUGCUUAAAAUUGGUGAAUGUCGUGGAUUUCCUGGCAUGCUUGGCAAACCAACCAUCAUACUAGAGGCAGUUGCGUCUACGGAUUUAUGGAUAUGGCAUGCCUUCUUUGGCCUACCAGGAUCGCACAACGAUAUUAAUGUCUUGCGCAGAUCUCCUCUCUUUGACAGACUUAUGGAAGGUCAAGCGCCAUAUGUUCAGUAUAUGGUUAACAGGCAUAAUUAUGAAAUGGGUUACUAUCUAGCUGAUGGGAUUUAUCCAACUUGGGCAUCAUUUGUGAAAACAAUAAAGGCACCGGCAAAUUUAAUGGAUAAAAAUUUUGCUGCUGCUCAAGAAUCUCAGAGAAAAGAUGUUGAGCGUGCAUUUGGUGUGUUGCAGGCUCAGAAACAAGGCUCACAUGGUUUUGGCUGCAGGAAGGCAGCAGAGACAAGUGCUGUCAACAAUCCAGUAACUAAAUCUACUGAACUUGAAGGCAGCAGCCUGAACGACAGAAGAAAACUGAAUCAUGCUGCCAUUAUUUGA